AUGAAGACACCUGUCCCUGUUGGAGACCUGCAAAACUUCUUGAAAACUCACAAAAACAACAUGAAGAAAAAAGCUAAAUGUAUUUUUGAGGGCAACAAAGAAAGCGACACAGAUCUCAUGGCUGUUUACACAGAACUGUUCAUCACAGAGGGAGAUAUGAAAGAUGUCAAUCACGAACAUGAGAUUCAUAAGAUUGAUGAAGCUUUCAAGAACAAAAAAACACAGGUCAAACCAAUCAAAUGCAAUGAUAUAUUUACUGAACUGAGGAAAAACAAUGAGGAGAAGAUUGUGCUGACCAAGGGAGUCGCUGGCAUCGGAAAAACUGUCUCUGUGCACAAGUUCAUCCUGGACUGGGCAGAAGAGAACACCAAUCAGGAUAUAGACUGUGUGUUCCUGCUUCCAUUCAGAGAGAUCAACGUGAUUAAAGAUAAAAAGGUCAGUCUCCAUGAGCUUCUGCUGAAAUUUUAUCCUGAAUUGAAGAACCUGGAGAAAUCAAAGUUAUAUAAGGAAUGUAAGCUAGCGUUUAUAUUUGAUGGACUUGAUGAGAGUCGACUGCCAUUGAACUUUAAAAGCGACACACUGGACACUGUUGAGGAAAGAGCAUCUGUAGAUGUGCUGUUCACAAGUCUGGUCAAAGGUAAGCUGCUUCCAUCAGCUCUUGUCUGGGUGACAUCACGACCAGCAGCAGCCAAUCAGAUCCCUUCUCGGUAUGUGGGUUUGUUCACAGAAGUGCGAGGAUUCACUGAUGAACAGAAGGAGCAGUACUUCAGAAAGAGAAUCAAAGAUGAGAUUCAAGCCUCCAGAAUCAUCUCACACAUUAAGAUGUCUCGUAGUCUCUACAUCAUGUGCCACAUUCCUGUGUUCUGCUGGAUCGCAGUCACAGUACUUCAGAAUAUUCUCAUUGAAAACAAUGAAGAGAACAUCAGCACAACACUCACUGAAAUGUACAUCCACUUCCUGCUGAUACAGCUGAACAUGAAGAGCCAGAAGUUCGAUGAACAAGAAGAAAGAGAACGUACAGAGCACUUAAAAUUAAAUAGAAAGAUGAUUUUGAAGUUAGCCAAGCUAGCGUUUGAACAGCUGAAGAAGGAAAACAUUGUGUUCUAUGAGAAAGAUCUGAAAGAAUGUGGUAUUGAUGUGAGUAAAGACACUGAGUUCACAGGAAUGAUCGCUGAGAUCUUUAAGAAGGAAGAUGGACUUUAUAAGACAAAGGUCUUCUGCUUUGUGCAUCUGAGUGUUCAAGAGUUUCUCGCUGCAGUGCAUGUGUUCAUCUGCUACCUGAACAAGAACAUGCGAGAGCUUCAGUUUUUCUUUGAAGAUUCACAAAAUACAGCCAGACAAAAGCUUCAGUUCUUCUUUAGAAAUGUCACAUUUCAUGACUUAACAGAGAGGGCCACUGAUAAAGCCAUGCAGAGUGAGAGAGGGCAUCUGGACCUGUUCCUGCGGUUUCUGAUGGGAAUUUCACUGGAAUCCAGUCAGAACCUGCUCAAAGGCCUGAUCAAACACACUAAAUACACCACAGAGAGCAUAACACAAAUAUGUGAACACAUUAAAGAAUUACAACAAGAGGACAUCUCAGAUGAAACAUCAGUCAACCUAUUUUACUGCUUACUUGAGCUCAAAGAUCAUUCAAUAUAUGAGGAAAUCCAGAGUUACCUCAGUUCAGAUGCACACCCAGGAAGAGACCUCUCGUCUUCAAUGUGCGCAGUGUUGACCUCAGUACUGCUGAUGUCAGAGAAGGUGCUGGAUGAGUUCAACCCAAAGAGGUUCACAUCAUCUUCAAACUACACAAGACUCAUUCCAGCUGUGAGAUGCUGCAGGAAAGCCUUAUUUGACAGCUGUGGUCUUGAUGAAACAUGCUGUGAAACGGUGUCUUCUGCUCUACAAUCAUCAAACUCUCAUCUGACAGAGCUGGACCUGAGUAACAAUCACCUGCAGGAUUCAGGAGUGAAGCUGCUUUAUGAUGGAUUAAGGAGUCCACAUUGUCGACUGAACAUCCUGAGGCUAUGUGGAUGUAAUCUCACUGCUCAGUACUGUGAAAGUUUGUCUUCAGCUCUACAAUCCUCACACUCUGUCCUGAGAGAGCUGGACCUGAGUAACAAUGACCUGCAGGGUUCUGGAGUGAAGCUUCUUUCUGAUGGACUGAAGAGUCCAAACUCUAAGCUGGAGAUACUGAGAUUUUCCACAUGUAAUCUCGCUGCUCAGUCUUGUGAGAGUUUGUCAUCAGUUUUACAAUCAUCAAGCACCUGUCUGAGAGAGCUGGACCUGAGUAACAAUGACCUGAAGGAUUCUGCAGUGAAGCUGCUUGCUGAUGGACUGAAGAGUCCAAACUCUAAGCUGGAGAUUCUGAGAUUUUCCAUCUGUAAUCUCACUGCUCAGUCUUGUGAGAGUUUGUCAUCAGUUUUACAAUCCUCAAACUCCUGUCUGAGAGAGCUGGACCUGAGUAACAAUGUCCUGAAGGAUUCUGGAGUGAAGCUGCUUGCUGAUGGACUGAAGAGUACAAACUGUCAGCUGGAGAUACUAAGGUUGUCUGGCUGUAUGGUGACAGAGAAAGGCUGUUGUUAUGUGUCUUCAGCGCUGAGUUCAAACCCCUCACACUUGAGAGAGCUGGAUCUGAGCUACAAUCAUCCAGGAGAUUCAGGAGUCAAGCUGCUCUCUAAAAAAUGGGAGGAUCCAAAAUGCACACUGGACAAACUCAAGUAUGUCAAGCAGGAAUAG